AUGUCUGCCAUCGCUGUGCCUGAAAAGGCACCAGAUGAUUCCUCCAAGCUGAAGACCUUCCUCUCCAUCCUUCGAAAAUUCGUCGGUGUGGCAGAUAUCGCUUCGGUUCGCUUUUCAUUGCCGGCGCAACUGCUGGAGCCUAGACCAAACCUGGGUAAGGUCAUUGUUCGUGUUACGCUGUGCGGGGUUGGUGCUGACUGUGGAUGGCGACAAGAAUACUGGCAUUACUUAGAUCGACCCGAGACAUUUGCGAGCAUUGGCAAAUCGGAUGAUGAGCUAGGUCGGAUGUUGGAGGUGUUGCGGUUCUGGUUUACCAAGGAUCUGAAAUAUGUCAAGGGGAAACCGUGCAAACCAUACAACUCAACCCUGGGUGAAUUCUUCCGAUGCAGCUGGGACGUUAGCGACAAUAUCCCCGAAGAAGAAAACCUCCCCGGCGUCAAACCAAGCUCCAAUGGCUCCUCCACCGUGACCGACGGCGACGAGAAAGUCAAAGUAUGCUACCUCACAGAACAGACCUCCCACCACCCCCCAGUCUCAGCAUUCUACAUCGACUGCCCCGAACGAGGCGUCUCGGCGCGUGGAUUUGACCAGAUCAGCGCCAAAUUCACCGGCACCAGCAUCCGUGUGAGCCCCGGACAGCACAACCUCGGGAUCUUCGUGAAUAUCGAAAAGAGGGACAAUGAGGAAUACCAGUUGACCCACCCAAACGCCCACCUGGGAGGAAUACUGCGCGGGGCGCUUUCAGUCACAGUCGCGGACACAUGCUACGUCACCUGCCCCAAGACGGGCUUGAAGGCGAUCCUCCAGUACCUGGAAGAGGGCUGGAUUGGCCGGUCACAGAAUAAGCUCGAGGGCGUGAUUUUCCGUUAUAGCCCGGACAAGGAUACGAUUAAUCGACUGAAAGAUGUGCCGGAGAAUGACGUCGUCGCUCGCAUCACCGGUUCCUGGCAUGGAAAGAUAUACUUCACUCCGGCAGGCACCAAGGAGCCCCGUCUGCUCAUCGACAUCACCCCGCUUCACCCCGUCACAAAGACCUUGCCUCCAUCUGAAGAACAGUUAUCCAACGAGUCAUUGAAGUUCUGGUCAGGUGUCACGAACGCCAUUGUCGAUAAACAGUUCAGCCAGGCUACCAAACUCAAGCAGGAUAUUGAGGAACGGCAACGGCAGCGGGCUGCAGAGCGCCUUGAAAAGGGUAUCGAGUGGAACCCCCGGUUCUUCACUGGCGCGGUGACACCGCUGGGUAAGCCGGAGCUCACGGAGGAGGGACAAAAGGUUCUGGAGGGAAUUCACUCGGGCAAGUUCACUCUGACGGAAAGUACAGUGCAGGGCGCAUAG